ACACCCACCCACAUUUCGUGACAGAAGUAAAGUGGUAGUUUAAUUAAUUAAUUGAGGAAAUGGCGUUGAAAACGCUUGUUGGAAUGAAGAUUAUGAGUGAUGUCAUCAAAGCAGUUAGAAAGAAAGGAGAAUGGAAAGUGUUAGUGGUAGACCAGUUGGGCAUGAGAAUGAUUUCUGCUUGUUGCAAGAUGCAUGAAAUUGCUGCUGAAGGAAUAACAAUUGUGGAAGACCUUUUUAAGAAACGAGAACCUCUACCAAACAUGGAAGCAAUAUAUUUGAUUACUCCAGUAGAAAAGUCUGUUCGUGCACUGAUGGGUGAUUUCCAGACUCCAAGUCGACAUAUGUACCGUUGUGCACACAUUUUUUUUACAGAAGCAUGUCCAGAUGAACUGUUCAAUGAGCUGUGUAAAUCAUCUGGUGCUAAAGUAAUUAAAACUUUAAAGGAAAUAAACAUUGCUUUUCUUCCGUAUGAAUCCCAGGUUUUCUCUUUAGACACUCCUGAGUGUUUUCAAUUCUACUACAACCCAGCCAAAGUUUCCCUUCGCACUGCCUCUCUAGAGAGGAUUGCUGAGCAAGUGGCCACACUAUGUGCCACCUUGGGGGAAUAUCCCUCAGUGAGACAUAGAAGUGACUUUGAUCAUAAUGUCGAACUCUCUCAACUCAUUCAGCAAAAACUGGAUGCCUAUAAAGCAGAUGAACCAACAAUGGGAGAGGGGCCUGAGAAAAUGAGAUCACAACUCCUUAUUCUUGAUCGAAGUUUUGAUUGUGUAUCUCCACUUCUUCAUGAGCUGACAUUUCAAGCUAUGGCCUAUGACCUUCUACCUAUUGAGAAUGAUGUCUAUAAAUUUGAAUCUUCUUCUGGUCAUGAUGUGAGGGAGAAAGAGGUUUUAUUAGAUGAAAAUGAUGAAAUCUGGGUAGAGCUUCGUCAUCAACAUAUUGCGGUGGUUUCACAGAAUGUGACCAAGGAGUUGAAGAAAUUCAUUGACAGUAAGAGAAUGACAUCAUCCAGUGAUAAGACAAGCAUUAAGGAUCUCUCCACCAUGAUCAAGAAAAUGCCUCAGUAUCAAAAAGAACUCAGCAAGUAUGCCACUCAUCUUCAUCUGGCUGAAGAUUGUAUGAAGUGUUACCAGGGCUAUGUAGAUAAACUGUGUAAGGUUGAGCAGGACUUGGCUAUGGGUACUGAUGCAGAAGGCGAAAGAAUUAAGGAUCCCAUGAGAAACAUUGUGCCCAUUCUCUUGGAUGCUAAUGUCACUACACUAGACAAGAUUCGGAUUAUAUUGUUGUACAUAAUUUCUAAAAAUGGAAUAUCAGAUGAAAACCUAGCUAAGCUGGUCCAACACGCCCAGAUUCCAGCUGUGGAGAAGUGUAUCAUCACGAACAUGGCAAACCUCAAUAUCAAUAUUGUAACUGAUGGAAGCAGAAAACGAACGUAUCAAGCUCCAAGAAAGGAACGUAUUACAGAACAGACCUAUCAAAUGUCACGAUGGACUCCUGUUCUUAAGGAUAUCAUGGAGGAUGCUAUUGAUGAUAAAUUGGAUAGUAAGCACUUUCCCUUCCUAGCUGGUCGGGUGGCACCAUCAGCAUAUGGACGUCCAACUCCUACGAGUGUUCGGUAUGGCCAUUGGCACAAAGAUAAAAAUACACCAAAUGUCAAGAAUGUCCCCCGUUUAAUUGUUUAUGUAAUUGGAGGAAUUACAUAUUCUGAAAUCCGCUGUGCAUAUGAAGUCACUAAACAAAUGAAGAAUUGGGAGGUUAUCAUUGGAUCUGACCACAUACUCACACCUGAAGGAUUUCUCAGUGACCUUCGUGACCUUGGUAGCUAAUGUAAUUGAAGUUUAUCAGUAUAUUUUGAAAACUUAGUUUAUUUUCUCGAUAUAUCACAAGCUAAUCACUAGGUCUGGAUCCCACCCUAAAACAAAAAAAUAGAAGGGAAAAAUUCUGUAGCUUUAGAUUGUUUUUUUUUUGGUACUAGAAAUAUUGUGACAAUGCAACAAAAAAUAGUGCAAACGUUUUAGUUAUUACUUGAUAGGAUAGAUAUCUUUAAUAUUAUACUUUCAAGUUUUGAUGCCUUCACUGUGUGUGUUAUUUGAUCUCAAUAUAUAUAUGUAUUAUAUAUCUGAAUAGUCUUAGUAACAACCAUUAGCAUCUUUAAGAUGUUAACCUUCAAUCUGUGCAUGUUUGAAAACAGCGACAAAUGUUUGUUUCUUGGUAAUUUAGAUGUUGCAUGUUAAUGAUUUUUCUAUUAAUGGAAAAUACAUGUCCAAGCUAUUGAUGUUAAGGUAAGACUUUAAAAUAAGUCACAAGCACCAUUUCAUAAGUUUCUUUUUGAAAAAAAUUAUCUUUUCUUUUUAAAAGGAAUGAUGUUUAUUUUUAUUUUUUAAUACGAAUUUGUCUUACUAUUGAAUAAUAGUAAUCAAAAUAAGUUUUAAAGCAGAUGUACAUUCUUUUGUGUGUAAAAGAUCUUGAACUUUCUGAUUCACAAGAGAAGAUUCCAUUUUAGAUUCUAACUCCAAGAGUUCAAUUAAUGGAAUUUAAAAAACUAUAUUGUUGAAAACAAAAGUACCCAUCUGAUGAAACAUUGUAUUAUAACCUGCAUAAGAAAGAACAUAAGAAAAAUAUUUUUAAUUAGCUGUACUCAUUACUGUGUUGAUUUUUAUUUUUGUACUCAGUAGGUAGCUUGCUGUUAUUAGAAGUUAAUAACAAUAAAUUUAAGGUUUAAUGUUUCAUUUUUUUUUAAUAAUUAUGUGCUUAUGUGUUAUAUGGUUCCACCAACUGCUAUAUUAUUUUUGGUGAAAAAAAAGAAGAAAAACCAUUUAAAGUGUAAAUUUUAAAUUACAUAAUGUAAUCACUGAUGGUUAAACUCAUAAUCAGCCAGCUGUACAUAUUUUCAUUAAUGUUGGAAGUUUUGUCUGUGAAAACUAGUUAUUUUGAAUAUGUAAAAAAAUUAAAGCUUAUAAUUUUCAUUUAUACACAGAUAUUAAUAACUCUCACUUUUGAAUGAGUUUAAAGUGUAUAACUUUCAUGUUUUCAUAACCUUUAAGCCUUGUAGCUGAAAUAUUAAUCAUUAAAUCUGUACUUGUAACAAACCCAUUCUUGGUUGAGUUGGAAAGGUUUUGUUACCCAAUAUAUAUAUAUAUAUAUAUAUAUAAUGUGCAUAUGUUACACAUGGUUCUCAUGUUUGCUUCAAGUCUUGUUUUGUUUUAUUGUUGUUAAGUUGUAAAUGCUGAAAAGUUAUUUCCAUGCUUUGCUUUUCCCAAAAAUGUUUUGUGAUUUUCAUAACAUAUAAUACCAUUGAUAUUGUUAAACUUCAGAGCUUCUUCAUAGUAUGUGUGCAUUUCUUAAUCUUCAAUCAUUAAACUUUUGUAAAAACAAUUUAUAUCUCCUGAAGUACACACAGUUCUUUCCUUAAAAAACAUUUAUAGAAUUAUACAUGAAAUGUAUCAAAUUUCAUACACUUACUGUUAGAAUGUGGAUUGUUCAUUAGUUAUUCAAUUAUUAAAUAUGAUGCUUCUAUUCUGCUUGCUACAACUGAAAGGAGUGGUAUGAUAUGUUGUUAUUUUUUAUUAUUAUUCAGGGUUAAUGUUGUAUGUAUCAUUAUGUAAUGGCUGUUGAAAACUGGUAUAUAACUAUGCAUAAUCUAUUUAUUUUAUCAGGUUGUUUUAUAAAUCAGUGCCCUGUCUUAGCAUUGCAAAUUUAGGGUAUCAGUAAAUUGUACAGUUGAAAUUUAUUGUUGUAUAUCAAAUGUAAAUGAAUGUCCUGUCUUAGUAUCGCAAGUGUAAUGUAUAAAGAAAUUAUACAGGUGAAAUUCACUGUUAUAAUUAUAUAUCACAACUGAUAUUAUAAAGUAAUUUUUGUUAUAAAUAUUUCCAGUGAAUCAGUUUGUUUUUCUACAUAAUGUUUUAGUUAAUAAUUGUAUGUACUGUAGUGGAAUGUAUUGUCAUCACUCAGAGUAUUUUGGGGUAUCGGUAUUGUGAUUAAUGUUCUGAGAAAUUGAAGGGUGAACAAAAGCAUCAGUCUGUGUACAAUAAGGCUCUAGACUGAGACCUAUUUGGUCUAUGAUAUGGUCUGUCUGUAUGACAUUAAUGUGGUUGAAGAGCCUAAUAUGACUUCUCUCUCUCUCACUAUGAUAGGUUUUGAGACCCUGUUUAUAUUAUCUUAAGUGUUUGGCUGGCUGAACCUAAGUGUGGGAAUAUUAUUCGUAUUUUUAGCUCCCUAGAAAUAUAAACGAUUGAAGCCACGUCUAAAUGGCUUUGUAAGUUUAAAACAUGUACAAUUUUAUAGACGUCUCAGUUGCAUAUAAACAUAUGUAAUGUCUAUAUAAAUACCAGAUUCAGACAGUUUGACAGAUGGGACAUGGGAAGAGUAAUUAAUCAGUCGUAAAUUUAUUUUGGCACUUUGAUUGUCCCAAACUUUGGGUCCAUCUCUACAGUUGCUGAGAUGUAGGCUUUAUAAAAAACACCUGCCUAAUUGGGUUGCUUUAUUCGCUUGUCCUCAGACUGGUUGUGUGGAAAGAGAAACGAACAGAUUAAUAAAAUGACCAGGUACAAAGUUUUUGGUGGGCUCAGUAUUACCAUGGACGAGCAAGAGGUGUACAAACUCUUGAAAACAAGUUACAGGGAGCUGAAAAAAAACAAGCACUACGUAUUAUAUAUUCGGAAGCGGGAAUCAUCAUGCAGACUGAUUGGAUUGGUCUGGGUGCACUCAGACCCAGUCGUGAUUAAGACACUGGGAUCAGUUACGUUCUUUGGUAUUAAUCAAUAUUUUUCAUAGAUAGGCAGUGAAUAACAGACAUGAUAAAAAAAAAAUUAGUCUAAUAUUGAGUAAUAUAGGCUUGUAACGAUAGUUUUUCACCUUGAAAUAUCUUAGCACACUUGGUCUUUGAUCCUCUUUAAAGAUGUUAUUCUAGAGGUAAAGAGUGAAGCAAGAUAUAAAUUUUUGUUUGUGUAUUUUUGCACUUGUGUAACAGACUUUUGUAAGGUGGUGGACGCAGAUGAGAUAUGAAGAGUUCGUCAAACCUGCUGCCCCCCCCCCCUCUAGAGAAUAGUGCAUCAUAUGAUUUAUAUAAAAAAUAAGGGCUAAACUUUGGAAAGAAUAUGGUAGAAGUUAUAUGAAUAUAUCUAUUCACUUUAAAACACCUAGAUAAAUUUUAAGUUAGCCACUUCCGACCGUAUGUUUUCGGUAUUUUGAAUUGCAAUAAAACGUACUGUAAUUGUAUGAGCUUGAAAAGCUAGGUCAUUUUUCGUGUAGUUAAGGGUGACGAAAUUUCACUCCGUGUGCCUAGAAGAUGGGGGGUUCUAAAUUUGUUGACAACUGGGGCUCAGCUUUCUCAGAUAUACUAAGACCAACCCUGUAAAAUCCCCAUGAAUAAAAUCGCGAGUCAAUCACUACUUUAUCUGCUAUUUUAAACCUCGUGUUUCUGAUGUUAAGAUACUUUUAGAAGUAUUUGUAGUAGAUGAAGUGUUAAUUAUUAUGCAAGUGACUUUGAAAUUAUUUGUACUGUCAUAGUCAGUAUAUGUUCAGGCUUGAUGUAGUAAAUUAACAAAAUUAUAUUUUCCAAAUACUUCUUGU